AAACAGGUAUGAGCUCUAGAAGAAGCAGAAAAGCUUAGUGCUAAAAGAGCAGAUAAACAGCUAAAUUGAAGUGACAUUUAACUUUUCGAAAGAAGCAUUCAGUAGUAUUUGGUGAUUAUUGUUUUCUCAGGAAGAGAGAAACAAGAGUCGCAAACUUGACCGGUAUGAUGACAAGAGAUCGAAAGAAAGAAGCAGAGAUCAUGACAGAGAAUCAAGUCGGGACUGAGACCGAGGGAAUAGCCGUGACCGAGGCAGGGAUUAUGAUCGUAGGAGCAGAGAUCGUGACAGGUAUAGUGAUCGAGAUCGUAAUAAGGAUUAUGAGCGCUCUCGAACUUAUGAUUCUAGAAGUCACCGCAGGUCAUGUUCAAGGUAUAGGGAACACUCUAGGGAUCAUGAUUGCCACAGGCGUGACCGAUAUUAGAUGCAUGAAUGCUGCCCAAGAAGAAAAUGAAUACGAAACCGUUCUUGCUUAUGUAAGCCAACUUAUAUAGGGAAGUAGCAUUCCUCAGUUAUGUUAUUUGAUAGUUUGUCAUGUAGUUGUAUCAACAUGUUUAAGAGGGUAUUUGUUGUUUUUGGUUCCUAGAGAUUAGGAAUUGAAUCCUAAACUUGUGGUUAAGAGCAUAAGUAAUUUUAUUACUAGACCAUAUGAUUGAUUGUUAAGAGGGUGUUUGUUACUUAGUGAUGUGUGUACGGUAUUGAGUAUCAUUGGAGAUGUAAGUUUGCUUGAUUUUACUAUUCCAAUUUCCAUGUCAGGCAAAUAUUCAGUUAGGUAUCGAAAAGGAGAAUUAAAAUAAUGAGGUUGAAUUUUA